AUGGCUGUUCCUUCUGCAGCCAGACUCAUUCUUGGUCUCGUCUUUUCGUUGCACCUCACCCUAUGGGUACACGCCGCCGUCGUCAUCUCUGACCCGAACCUUGUUUCCAACAAGACAUAUGACUAUAUUGUCGUUGGCGGCGGUCUAGCGGGAUUGACGGUGGCCGGACGGCUCGUGCAAGACCCGGCGGUCACGGUCCUGGUCAUCGAAGCCGGAAACGAUGAUCGAAACGAUCCACGCGUGUUCGACAUCUACCAAUUUGGACAAGCCUACUUCUCUUCUCUUGACUGGAGUUACCCCGCUGAGGGUGGGAGGAGUAUCCGGGCGGGAAAAACUUUAGGCGGUAGCUCAUCCAUCAACGGUGCUACCUGGACGCGUGGAACACAAGCACAAUACGAUGCCCUAACCCAACUCCUUUCGCCUGAAGACCAAUCCGCCAAUCUAGGUUGGAAUUGGGCUUCCCUUUCAUCCUACAUGCGUAAAGCAGAAAAGUUCAACCCUCCAUCUGCUGCUCAACGGGCUAAAGGAGCCGAUGAUAUUGCUAGCUAUCAUGGAAGUUUUGGCCCUGUGAAUGUUGCUUUUCCUCAGAAAAUGUAUGGCGGACCCCAGCAAAAGGCAUUUGCGAAUACCGUAGUCAAGUUCGGGGUGGCAAAAUCUAGGGAUUUGAAUGGGGGCCAACCCAACUGUGUUGCGUUCACUCCUAAUUCCAUAAACCCCUCCGAUGGAGACCAUCGUUCCUCAUCUGCGUCCUCAUACCUCACUCCCGUCGAGACCAAACGUAAAGGAUGGACGGUCCUGGUUGGACAACAAGCCACCAAGAUCAUCUUCAACCCAUCCACAUCCCUCCCUCGUAUCGCAACGGGUGUACAGUUUGGUACGUCCAACGGAGCGAGGUACAUCGCAAACGCUCGAAAAGAGGUUAUCGUUGCUGCGGGUGCUAUCGGAUCUCCUGCUUUCCUUCAGUUUUCCGGUGUAGGCGAUCCGACCGCGUUAUCGCGAUUUGGGAUCAAUACUGUCGUGAACCUUCCUACUGUUGGGAAGAAUUUACAGGAGCAGAGUCUGACUGCUCAAGGUGCCAGGGGAACGGGUUUUAACGUUGGAGGAAGUGGACCAUCGGAUGUCAUUGCUUUUCCUAAUAUUUAUCAAUUAUUCGGGAGCAGUGCUCAGACGAUGGUUACGCACAUUAAAUCGUCCUUAUCCGCUUGGGCUUCCUCUCAAGCUGGCAAUGCUCUUUCUGCAGCUGCUUUGCAAAAAAUCUACCAAAUUCAGGCCAACCUUAUCAUCAAUACCAACGCGCCUAUUGCUGAGAUUUUCUCCGCUACUGGAUACCCUGAUAAAGUUGGAACUGCAAACUGGCCACUGCUUCCUUUUUCUCGUGGUAACGUCAGAAUUACGUCCAGCAACCCUUUCGAGAAGCCUCAGACAACUGUCAAUUGGUUCGCCAUUGAUUUUGACUUGAGCGUCCAAGUUGCCAUCGGUCGUUUCGUUCGUCGGCUCUUCCAAACUACCCCUCUCAGCUCGUUGACGCAAGGCGAAACUUCGCCUGGUUUCUCUGCUGUUCCUGAUAAUGCCCAACAUGGGACGGAUCAAGCGUGGUCGAGUUGGAUUAAGAAUACGUUCGUGGCCGUGAGUCACCCUAUCGCCACCUGCGCAAUGAUGGAUCGAGCUUUGGGAGGUGUUGUCGACGGUCAUUUAUUGGUGUAUGAUACGAAGAACGUUCGUGUCAUCGAUGCAUCGAUCCUUCCGCUUCAAGUGAGCGCACAUCUGUCGAGUACGAUAUAUGGUAUUGCGGAGAAAGCUGCGGAUAUCAUCAAAGCUGCAGCAUGA